AUGCGCAUGUUUCGCAACUUUGUCAAAGUCGUGAGCCUCCGGGUUCUCGCCGCGCUGGCGCCCGUGGGCGCGCAGUUCCGUGCCAGUCGCGGCGGCGGCAAUGGCGGGGGCAUUGUGUUCCCAGAUGUACACGGCGAAGCCGCCAGUCUCGAUUUCCCCCACCUCCAAGAUAUAUACACCUUCGCUGCGUACUCGCACGCGGCGUACUGUCCGCACAACUGGGACGGACUGCUCGGCAACCCGGUGUGUCAAGCAACCGCGACGCCUCACCAGCAGGGUGGCGGCGAGGAUACCGACAUUGGCGUCAACAACACCAGCAGCAGCAGCGCAAACCCAAGGCUGGAUAUGACCCUCAUGCGCACCGGCUGCUCCAUCUACGGCGCUUCCCAAACCAUCGCCGAGCUCACCGAGGCGCACGACAUCGCCGGCAACGUCGUCGUCAACCACCCGCAGCAGCUCCUGGUGGUGGCCUUUCGCGGCACGUCGCGCGCGUGGGAGUGGAUGCGCGACCUGCAGGCCGGGCAGGAGGACGUAUCCUCGUCCCUGUCGUCGGGGCUGAUAAUGGGUGACCGACACUGCGAGGGGUGCCGCGCACAUAGGGGCUUCCUAGCUGCGUUCCGCAACGUGCGACCGCUGCUCAACGAGACGCUGGAGACGUGCCUGCGCGACUGGCCGACGUACCGUGUCGUGGUCACGGGGCACUCGUACGGCGGUGCGGUGGCCACUCUAGCGGGCGCGUAUCUGCGCUCCGUGGCGGGCGUGGAGGCUGAUGUGUUUACGUAUGGGGCGCCGAGGGUGGGCAACGCGGUGUUUGCGGAGAGGAUGAGCGCGGGGAUGGGGGGCAGGCGAGGCUCGGGGUCGGGAGGUGGGAGUGGAAGCGGGAGUCAUAGACUGAGAAAGGGGACGAAGACAAGGGGGGCCGAGAACGGGGGUGAGCGAGCAGGAGGGCCCGUCACGGUGCGCGUCACCAACAGGCAGGAUAUCGUGACGGCGCAGCCGCCCAUGUACAUGUGGCUGCCGUCCGGGCCGGUCGAGUACGCGCACACGACACCCGAGUACUGGUUCGAGCACGGGUUUGGUCUUCUCUCAUCAUCUGCCCCCUCACCCCCACCGUCGUCCUCUUCCCAAUCUUCAGGGUCAGCAGCGGCGGCAGUCGCCAGGGGUGGUGAUGGAGGGCGCUUGCUGCUCAACGGGCUCCGAGUGUGCCGGGGCGUGCAGCAUGUCGGGUGCUCUGCGCAGUUCUACUUCCUUAACCUGCUGAACAUUUUGCAGCGCAUCGCCGACCACGGGGGUUACCACGCUCUGUCGGCACCGUGCCCGGCAGAUGAGGGGGGAAAGAGGCGCCGCGUCGAGGAUGUGCUGCCGACGCCGAGGGAGGUCAAGAUGUGGCAGUGGGGGGACAAGGGGAAAGGGAGCCGUGUGAUGAGGGGGCAGUAG